AUGACUAAAAAGCCUUAUGCUAUGCUUACUUAUUACUCACUGGGAGUCACCUUUGGCUUCCAGAAACACUUAGACGAAGGGUGUUUCAAGAAAAAUAUACAGAUGGACACGCACAUGACAACCAUGUUCAACAAAGUAAUUUUGUUGUUCUUCAUAACGUAUGCAAUUACCGUCUUAAACAACAAGAAUGUGUACGGUUCAGAAUGCAACGAACCACAGAAUCUUUCCAGAGUGCUACAACGGGCACGAAGAAAUAGCGAUUACUCAGAAAAUGUUGCAAUGUUGCCACCUUUAACGAGAAUACUGCAUGCUCAUUGGGCGAACCGCUCCCGGACAUAUUUGGAAACCAAAGGAGAGGAUCACAAUGGGCGUCAUAUAUUUGGAGACACUGAAUGUAAAAUUAACACGACAUCUCGUUUCAUCAUGAAACGAUCGAUUUGCCCUUGGAGUUAUGUCUAUAACUACGACAAGAACCGCUUUCCAAGCACAAUGGUCCAGGCCUCUUGCAACUGCAAGGAUGGGUGCUAUGGAAAAGAAUAUGGGUUUGGAUGCAGACCAGUUUACUACAAUGUCAGAGUUCUCCGUAAACAAGCAGGAGAAUGCGGUGAAGAUGGCUUCUACAAAUACAUACCAGACUGGGAGCGUAUCGCUGUUGGAUGUACGUGUGUAGCUGAUAAAGUUAGCAAAAUCAAAGGGACAGUGGUUGGAUAAAAACAUCUAUAAAAUAUCAGCAUUAAUACAUUUCUAACUACUUUAGUUUUCCAUGCUAUGAAAAUAACAUUUACUGACUUCGAGAGCCAUGUUAGAUUUUGAAAUUAUAUCAAAAUCAACAUAGCUUUCGCAGGAAGUAAUUUGGCAAUAGACAGUUUCUAAUGUCACUAAUGCCACAAACUAAAACUGUGAUAAAUAUGAAAAUGCAUAAUAUUUUCAACAAUGGGUCUGGUAUUUAGGAUCUAUUUAUAUAGUGUGUACAUAUUUUAGAAUUUAAGUAACUUAUUUGUAAAUAACUUUUUACAUAAUUUAUUAAAAACAAUGCCCGGAUGGAAUGCAUCAAAAAAGUAUAACUGAGCUGAGUAAGGGAUUGAAUUACUUUUGAAGGCAUUGUCAUUUUGUAUUGUAUUAUUAUGUGAAAUCUAAUUGACAC